AUCCCGUCACUGUGCCCCCCACCCGGCGCCCCAGCCAGGCCUGAGAUCAUGAGGCAACCGCCAGCUGCGGCCCUGCUCCUGCUGCUGCUGCUUCGCUUUGGGACUCAGAUGACCAAAGCAUUGAACGUCUGCGGGCGCCCGAGGAUGCUGAACCGGAUGGUGGGUGGGCAGGAUGCCUUGGAGGGCGAGUGGCCAUGGCAGGUCAGCAUCCAGCGAAAUGGAAGCCACUUCUGUGGGGGCAGCCUCAUCACAGAUCGGUGGGUCCUCACUGCGGCGCACUGCUUCUCCAACACCUCUGAAACAUCCUUCUACCGGGUCCUGCUGGGGGCGCGGCAGUUGGUGAAGCCAGGACCACAUGCCACGUAUUCACGCGUGAAGCGGGUAGAAAGCAACCCCCUGUACCAGGGCAUGGCCUCCAGUGCCGAUGUGGCCCUGGUGGAGCUGGAGGCACCUGUGACCUUCACCAAUUAUAUCCUCCCCGUGUGCAUGCCUGACCCCUCGAUCAUCUUUGAGUCGGGCAUGGAAUGCUGGGCCACCGGCUGGGGCAGCCCCAGUGAGCAAGACCGCCUGCCUAACCCUCGAAUCCUCCAGAAACUCGCUGUGCCCAUCAUUGACACGCCCAAGUGUAACCUACUCUACAGCAAAGAUGCCGAGUCUGGCUUUCAGCUGAAAACCAUCAAGGACGACAUGCUGUGUGCUGGCUUCGCUGAGGGCAAGAAGGACGCCUGCAAGGGUGACUCAGGGGGCCCUCUGGUGUGCCUUGUGGACCAGUUGUGGCUACAGGCUGGAGUGAUCAGCUGGGGUGAGGGCUGUGCCCGCCGGAACCGCCCAGGUGUCUACAUCCGGGUUACCUCCCAUUAUAACUGGAUCCAUCGGAUCAUCCCGGAACUGCAGUUUCAGAAGGCCAGGUCUGGCGGCCAGAAGCGGGGGCCCCGGGUCCAGCAGCCCCACAUUCAAAACUUUGCACCCUGCCUGGCGGCCCACACUGCCCUCCUGGUCCUCAUGGGCCUACUCACCUCCUUCUGAGCCCUGCUCAGGCAGGUAGGCGAGUGUAAGCCCCGGAGCCCACAUGUACAUUUGUAAAUAGCCUUUUCUCUCUUCUUUCAAAUGCCAGUUAUUUUUAUUUAUGUUCACCCUCCA